AUGCCCGUUGUCUGUUUCCCUCCUCUCCAGGGCAUAUGUGUCGAUGAUCGAGUAACCCGCUUUGGCUCCAUCCUCGCCUCCAACUUCACCGGUCUUCAGGCCAUCUUGGAGAUGGUCAAAUUCACCCAACCUAAGGUAGUUACACCUGAAUCUUCAGUCAUGAUCCUCUGA